CCCGCCCCACCCAGCCAGGGACGGAGAACGCGGCCUUUGGGGGUCUACCCACGGGGCGGGGCCCACUUGUGUGUGUCAGGGGCAAGGGGCGGGGGGCACCUCUCUGUGCGCAGGGUCUGCCCGUGUUCGGCACUCAUGCACGUAGGGGGGUGUGUCCCAUGUGUGUCGCGAACAUGUGUAUGUGGCACGUGCUCAUGUGUUUAGCGUGGAGUGGAGCGUGUGUGUCCCAUGUACGUGCUCCGGUGGCUGGCGUGUGUCCUGCACGUAUGGUGUGUAUGUCGUGCGGGUCCGUGUGUAGCAUGCAGGCAUCGUUUGGGCAUGUAACAUAUAUAUAUAGUAUGUUCGCAUGUGCAGAGUCCCACAUGUGUAGCAUGGGCCCCUGUGUAGCAUUUGUGGGUCUCUGUGUCAUUUAAUCACUGACUGUACAAGUGUAUUUCCCUGACCCCCCUGCCCUGCCUGGGGACUCUCCCCUUUGGGCACACGGUGCCCUGUUCCUUCUGGGGCUGCUUUCCUUAUGCUCCUCAGCGCGGGCAGAGGGGUCGGGCAAAGUGCAGGGCAUGAGCACCCACUGCAUCCCCCUUGCCCUGGGGAGCAAGGAGCAGUGGCAGCGGCCCAGCCCUAGGGGAACUGCCUGUGGUGCUUGGGGCAAGCUUCUGGGAUGGAGCAAAGCUGGGGGGAGGGUGUCAAUGGGGCAACACAGUGCACUGGAGACAUUCCCUCAUCAGGCCCGGAUCUCUGCAUCUCCCCAUGGGGGCUGUCCCUGCUCCCUAUGCUGAACCCCGGUCACCUCCUUGCCAGGCCCCAGAGGACAGACAGAACGCAGAGCUGAUAAGCACCAGUUCUGCAAAGGUCCUGGCCCAGUGCGAAGGAGGCCGGGCUACGGUGAAGGGCCCGGCCUGGCGCGAAGGAGGCCAGGCUAUGGCAAAGGGCCCGGCUCGGCGUGAAGAAGGCCAGGCUACGGUGAAGGGCCUGGCCCGGGGUGAAGGAGGCCAGGCUAUGGCAAAGGGUCCGGCCCGGCACGAAGGAGCCCGGGCUGCGGUGAAGGGCCUGGUCCGGCGCGAAGGAGGCCGAGCUGUGGCAAAGGGCCCAGCCCGGUGCGAAGGAGGCCGGGCUGUGGCGAAGGGCCCAGCCCAGCGUGAAGGAGGCUGGGCUGCGGUGAAGGGCCUGGUCCGGCGCAAAGAAGGCCAGGCUGCGGUGAAGGGCCUGGCCUGGCGCAAAGGAGGCUGGGCUGUGGUGAAAGGCCCGGCCCGGUGCGAAGGAGGCCGGGCUGCAGGAAGGCCCCGACCCAGCGCGAAGGAGGCCGAGCAACGAAGAGCCCGGGAGGGAGCGGUGAAGCAGGGCGCAAGGCAAAGAGUCACAGUGUAUCCAAUAUUGAUGGGAACAGAUGACACUAACCCGCGCUGCUGUCGUCCCCUGGCACAGCAGAGCAGGACAAGACAGGCCAGGGAGCAGCAUGUUCCAGGGAGAAGCCAAGGAGGCGUCCGUGGUGGGACUCCUAAGCGGGUGGGACCUAAACUAGAGAGUGGCCCCCGCUCAGGCAUGGAUCUGAUGGCACCAGGCUGAUGGGGCAGGAGCCUGGGGAACCUCCUGAAGCCAAGAGGGGAUGGGGGUGCAGGCUGUAUGAGAGGCAGCCUGGCCCAGCCUGGGGCUCAGGAGAGACAGGUUCUAUUGCCGUCUCUGGGGUGUGACCGUGGGCAAGUCAUUUCCCCUCGCCGUGCCUCAGUUUCCCCUUCUUUGCCCAUUUAGACUGUAAGGUCUUUGAGGCUGGGUCUGUGUGUGUGCCCAGCACCCAGCAUGGUGGCAGCACUCGGCACCCCGACAGGCCAGUCACUUAAUGAGUUGCCUGGUUGUGGAUUUAGGGGCCUGGCUUUAGUCGCCUGCUGAGUUUGCUGUUCGUGGGCGAGUGCGGGGAGGCUGGGAGUUGUCAGGCCCCGGUGCGAACUUAUCACCUCUCUCCCUCU